AUGAACCAAAAUGCAAAGAUGAACACGUCAAAGAUCACCCCCUAUGUCUUCGCUUCUUGGAUCCUUGCAGCCUUCGGGGGGCUGAUGUUUGGUUAUGACAUCGGUAUUUCUGGUGGUGUUACGGGCAUGGAUGAUUUCUUGAUUAAAUUCUUUCCAAGAAUCUACGAGAGAAAGUUACAUGCAGCGGAGAACAACUACUGUAAGUACGAUGAUCAAAUGCUGCAGCUGUUCACAUCUUCCUUGUACCUGGCUGCCUUGGUUUCUAGCUUCUUUGCAUCAAAGGCUUGCAAUGUGCUGGGACGCAAGCCCACAAUUCUCAUGGCAUCCACCUUCUUCAUGGCUGGCGCUGCCUUGAGUGCUGCUGCUCAAGUUGGUUGGAUGCUCAUUUUGGGUAGAAUUCUCUUUGGAGUUGGAGUUGGUUUUGGAAAUGAGGCUGUGCCCUUGUUCUUGACAGAGAUUGCACCAGUCCAUCUCAGGGGAGCAGUCAAUAUCCUUUUCCAACUGGCUGUUACCAUUGGUAUCUUCAUUGCUAAUCUUGUCAACUAUGGUACCUCAACGAUGCAUCCCAAUGGGUGGAGAUUCUCUCUUGGAGGUGCAGCAGUUCCUGCUGUAGUACUCUUCGCCGGGUCGUUGAUCAUUACUGAGUCUCCCGCCAGCCUUGUGGAAAGGAAGAGAGAAGAAGAAGGAAAGGCAGCUCUGAAGAAGAUCAGGGGUGUUGAUGAAGUUGACGCUGAAUUUGAAGAAAUCUUGUCGGCUUGUGAGAUUGCUAGCAAAAUCAAGCAACCAUUCAAGAAACUCAUGAAGAAACAAAGCCUUCCCCCAUUGGUAAUAGCUGUUGCCCUUCAGGUCUUCCAGCAGUUCACAGGGAUCAACGCUAUCAUGUUCUAUGCACCAGUUCUUUUCCAGACUCUGGGAUUCAAGUCUGAUGCUUCACUCCUGUCCUCAGUCAUCACUGGCCUUGUUAAUGUUGGCAGCACCUUCGUCGCCAUCUUCCUUGUUGACAAAGUUGGCAGGAGAAAAUUGCUUCUUCAAGCCUGUUGCCAGAUGUUAAUCUCUCAGGUUACAAUUGGAGUGAUCUUGCAUCUUAAAUUGUCCGAAACAGGGUCACUUGACAAGGGUUUGGCAGCAGUGGUGGUGGUCAUGGUGUGCACAUUCGUGAUGUCGUUUGCAUGGUCAUGGGGUCCCCUGGGAUGGUUGAUUCCCAGCGAGACAUUCCCACUGGAAACAAGAACAGCAGGCUUUGCCUUUGCAGUCAGCUCCAACAUGCUCUUCACCUUCGUCAUAGCCCAGAUGUUCUUGUCCAUGAUGUGCCACAUGAAAGCCUACAUAUUCUUCUUCUUUUCUGCAUGGAUUGUCGUCAUGGGCCUUUUUGUGAUUGUCCUCUUGCCUGAGACCAAAGGUAUCCCCAUUGAUUCCAUGGUGGAAAGAGUCUGGAAGAAACAUCCAGUCUGGAAGAAUUGCUUCGACGAUGAUGACUCAAAAGAAUAUGAGAUGGCCUAG